AUGUCGUGGUCUGAGGCUCAGAGUUACUGCAGAGAGCAGUUCACAGACCUGGACUCAGUGAACGACACGGAGGACCUGAAGAACCUGAAGGCUGCUGCAAACGGACGCACGGACGCCUGGAUCGGACUUCAUCAAACCAGUAACAAACUCACAGACAGAAAAUGGCACUGGUCUCAGCUCACGAUUCGUCCAACACUACUGUCAAGAUCAAUGAUGGCAAUAACAGAAGAACCUGAGGCUCAGCAGUUCUGCAGAACUCACCACACUGACCUGAUGAGUGGACUGGACCAGCACAAACUGUUUCAGGAACAGUACCCUUGGCCUUCUUUAUAUUGUUGGAUCGGUCUGUUCCGGGACACCUGGAGCUGGUCCGACGGAAGCGACUCCUCUUUCAGAAAGUGGAACUCAGACGCAUCGAUAUAUCCACAGACAAAGAAAUGUGCAGCACUGGGAGGCGAGGGCCGAAGGGAGAGCGACGACUGUGAACUAAAGAGAAGCUUCAUCUGUGAAGGAGGUCCAAAGAGAAAAAAGACUUUGGUGAAAAUAAAAAUGUCCUCAGCAGUGGAUCUCAACAAAUUCAGCUCCGAGAUAUUGGAACAGGUUUGUGUAGUUAAGAUUUUGAAUAUUUCCUGA